AUGAAGAAUCUCGUUCAAUUGUCACUUCAAGGGCUCAGAUGGAUCCUCGGUGAUGCGUCUUCCUCAGCCUCCCCCUCUCACCCUCAUUACAGACUUUCACCGAUCGACGGCUCCAAGAUUGCCUUGCCGACGCCUCAACAGCUGGCUUUCCAGGACAAGGAGAUUGGAGUGAUCAUCCAUUUCAAUAUCGCUACGUUCAUCUCGAGCGAUGGAUGCAAUUUUCAACGUCAUUUGCUCCCUGAUCGGGACAUCUUCUCCCCUGAUCAACUGAGCACUGAUAAUUGGAUGGAAGCCAUCACUGCUCUGGGCGCAAAGACGGCUACCUACGUUGCCAAGCAUAAUUGCGGAUUCACCACUUGGCCCACCAAGAUUUCUUUCCCUUCGACGCAUGGUAAUGGCAUCGUCCCUUACAAUUAUUCGAUCCAGCACUCUCCUCUUGCUGGUCAAAACAUUGUCGCUCAAUUCACCGAGUCGGCUAAACGGUACGACGUUGAUCCUGGGUUCUACUACAGUCUCGACUAUAACAACUUCUUGAACGUCUACAAUUUCGAUGUAAACGACACCGGUCUCGCUUCCGGUCAGGUGCCAAUCACUAGAGAGACAUACGACAACAUCGUCAUGGCUCAGCUUGAAGAACUCUGGUCGAGUAAUGGAAAGUUGACCGAGAUCUGGUUCGAUGGAGGUUUCGUCGACUCACAGAUAGAUCGACUGAGAAAAUUACUCGCCAAGUAUCAGCCCGAUGCAGUCUGCUUCAAUGGAUGCGGAGCAGACGGAUCUUGUGUCACCCCCAAUCCCAUUCGAUGGGUCGGUACCGAAGAGGGUCACGCGCCUAUCGACAAUUGGUCAACCGGAGUUUCCAAUGAUGGCGGAGAUCCAGAAAGCGAAUUCUUCGCCCCUGCCGAAUGUGAUACAGCGACUUACGCCAACGGACGAUGGUUCUGGGGCGAAGGAGUCGCCGCUCGUUCAUAUGCUCAAAUGGUCCAACUCUACCACGAGACGGUCGGUAGGAACUGUUUCCUCGAACUUGGCGUUUCACCGAAUCGACAUGGUCUGAUCGAUCCUGAACACGCUGAAGUGUACGCUCAGCUAGGUCAGUUCGUCCGGGAAUGCUAUGAUCAUCCUGUCGAAUACACUCGAAAGAUUCACAAAGACGGAUCGAUCGAAUUCUCAUUCGAUGAGCCAACUUCAAUCGACCGAGUCGUGCUCAUGGAGGACCAGACAAACGGUCAGGUCAUCCGAUCGUACGGCGUCUUUGCCCAGAUUGAAGGACAAGGGAAGUCAUGGCAGAAACUCUCAGGCGGGAAGAGUGUCGGACACAAGAAGAUUGACUUGUUUGACGAGACUGUUAAAGUGACCAGGGUCAUGGUUAACUCGACCUUUGUCGACACUCCAAAGUGGAGAGACGUCUCUCUGCACCUCUGCGACCGACCUUAG